AUGGCUUCCUUAAGCUUCCUACUCUUGCUUCUUCUUGCUCUUAUCAUUCCUCAGGGGUUUGCCAACUAUGACAAACCGCCUGUUUACAAUCCACCGAUUGAGAAACCUCCAGUUUACAAACCACCAGUGUACAAGCCACCUAUAGAGAAACCUCCAAUUUACAAACCACCUGUUUAUAAACCACCAGUUGAGAAACCUCCUGUGUACAAGCCACCUGUAGAAAAACCACCUGUGUACAAGCCUCCAGUUGAAAAACCACCUGUGUACAAGCCACCUGUAGAAAAACCACCAGUGUAUAAGCCACCUGUCUACAAACCACCAGUUUAUAAGCCACCAGUUGAAAAACCACCUGCCUACAAACCUCCAGUGGAGAAAUCCCCCGUCUACAAGCCACCUGUAUACAAGCCACCCGUCGAGAAGCCUCCAGUUUACAAGCCCCCGGUGGAAAAGCCACCUGUGUACAAGCCACCAGUAUAUAAGCCACCGGUUGAAAAACCUCCGGUUUACAAGCCACCUGUCUACAAACCCCCAGUUUAUAAGCCACCAGUAGAGAAACCCCCCGUCUACAAGCCACCUGUGGAGAAACCUCCAAUCUACAAGCCACCUGUAGAGAGGCCACCAAUCUACAAACCACCUGUAUACGAGCCUCCAGUUUAUAAGCCACCUGUUGGGAAGCCACCGAUCUACACGCCUCCAUUCUAG